GACCAGCCGUUGCGCGCAGCUCCACCACCCUCCCGUGCCCUGUGGUCCCCUCUGGUGUCCUGCGCGGCCUCCACAUCCCCUCGUUCACUCGGAACUUGGUGGGUGUUGGAUACCUCCAGGACAGGGGGAUCACCGUUACCUUUGUGGGGGUUGGGAGGACUUCGGUCUGUACCAACGCUGCUACAUGUGCUGUUCUCGCCACGUUCACCAGGGAGUCCCGCUCUGGUCUCUACGUUCUCCACACCGAGCGCUCCCCGGUUACUUCCUCCGCUCAGGUCGCUACGUCCCCUCAGACUCUCCACCUGGACGUCUGGGGCCCUGCCCCUACGCUGGGACCUGAGAGGGAGCGCUACUUUCUAGUGGUCGUUGACGACUACUCCAGGUACACCACGGUGUUUCCUCUCGCGAAGAAGUCUGAGGUGACUUCUACGCUGAUACGGUGGCUUCUGGCCACUGAGGGCACUCGUGGUUGUCGUGUCCGUUGUCUCCACUCCGACCGUGGGGGUGAGUUUCGCUCCGGCGUCCUUGCCGGGUUCUGCGGCGAGCAGGGCAUCAGACAGUCCUGGACGCUGCCGGAGUCCCCACAGCAGAAUGGGGUUGCUGAGCGCCGCAUUGGCUUGGUCAUGGACAUCGCCCGCACGUCCAUGAUCCAUGCCCGUGCGCCCCAUUUUCUGUGGCCCUACGCGCUGCGCUACGCCGCGCACCAGCUGAACCUCCAGCCGCGUGUCUCGCGGCCAGAGGUUUCACCGACCAGUCUUUGGACUGGGUCCCCUGGUGUUGGGUCGGCCUUUCACGUCUGGGGCUGCCUUGCGCUUGUCCGCGACACCUCUGCGGACAAGCUCUCGGCUCGCGCCAUCCCCUGUAUCUUCCUUGGUCUUCCGGUGGGCUCUCCCGACUACUCCUUUUACCACCCGCCCCUCCACCAGUUUAUAGACUCUCGUGACGUCCGGUUUGACGAGUCAGUGUCCUACUACACCCGGUACCCAUGUCGAGGUCUCCCUGUUCCCCCUCCCCCCCUCUUCCUCGCACCCUCUCCUCCCCCUGCUCCCGCUCCUCCGGUAGCGUCUCCCUCCCCGCAGUCCUCCUCACAGUCCCUUCAGCAGCCUUCGGCACUUCCACGACAGGUUACUGUGGACUCGGUUGGUGUUGGAGCUGGAGGUGCAGCCACUGGCGGUACUCGGUCUGGGGGUGCUCGUUCGAGGGGUGCUGGAGCUGGAGGUGCUGGCGCAGGUGGCGCUAGCUCUGGGGGUGCUGGAGCUGGAGGUUCUGGCACUGGAGGUGCUAGUUCUGGGGGUACUGGAGCUGGAGGUGCUGGCACUGGAGGUGCUGUUUCUGGGGGUGUUGGUGCUGGAGGUACUGGCACUGGAGGUGCUAGUUCUAGGGGUGCUGGAGCUGGAGGUGCUGGUACUGAGGAGACGGGAGCUGGAGGCUCGCCUACUGCGUCGCCCAGUGCGCGUCCCCACCGCCACGACACCCGUUUCCAGGCCCUUCGCCAGCUUGAGCGCGAGGAGAAGGAGCGGGUGGAGCAGGAGAGGCAGGAGCUGCAGCGGUUGGACCAGCAGCAGCAGCAGCAGCAGCAGCAGCAGCAGCAGCAGCAGCAGCAGCAGCAGCAGCAGCAGCAGCAGCAGCAGCAGCAGCAGCAACAGCAGCAGCAGCAGCAGCAGCAGCAGCAGCAGCAGCAGCAGCAGCAGCAGCAGCAGCAGACGCCGCAGCCGCCACCUUUGCAGCAGCUAUUCCCUCCAAGCUAG